GUUUUAAAAAGAAAGCAUAUACUGUAUAUAAGCCAGCAGUUCCUGCUUUGAUUUAUUCACCAGACUUAAAUCAUGAAAUCUACACUGUAUAUUGUAGGAGCAUUCCUCCUCUCUAUUGCAUGUACAAAUGCAAAAGAGUAUGAAAGAUGUGAACUUGCAAGGACAAUGAAGAGCAUGGGACUGGAUGGUUAUAGAGGAUACAGCCUGCCCAAUUGGGUGUGCACAGCCUACUUUGAAAGCAAUUUCAACACGAGGAGUAAAAAUUUUAACAGGGGUGACAACAGCACUGACUAUGGCAUUCUGCAAAUUAACAGCCGGUGGUGGUGUUUUGAUGGAAUGACCCCAGGAUACCACAACGCUUGUAGGGUCAACUGCGAUGCUUUACUGGUUGAUGAUAUCAGUGCAUCUGUGAAUUGUGCAAAACGCGUUGUAAGUGAUCCUCAGGGUAUGGCUGCAUGGGUUGCCUGGAGAAAUAAUUGUAGAGGAAGAGACCUCUCAAAAUGGACUAAAGACUGCGGAGUUGAUGAUAUAGAUGUCUUAUAAUGAAUGGCACAUGAACCACAGUUAUGGCUAUGACAUUAAAUAGACUUUGUACUCAAAAUGUUCUGUCAUACAUAUGAAAGAACAGCUAUUAAAAGUGAAAUAUUUGUUGUUUAAAAAAGGUUAAAUAAAAGUUUAAAUUUGCAUUUGCUGGCAGAAA